UGUAUUUUGUUGUUUGAAAUAAAUUAAAAACACGUAAUGAUACGUGUAAAUGUGUACAAAAACUUAAGUGGCAAUGAUGGCAAGCUUAUGGUUGUGGAAAAUACGAUAGAAACUUUUAAAUCUUCAAUAUCUGCUCAGUUUAACGUUACAGAGGAAAACUUGAAGCUUUUUUCCUCGAAUGGUUGUGAAGUAAACGACGUAAGAGUUUUAAGAGAUAACGAGGAUGUGUACCUGAGCUUAGAAUGCAUGGAAGAUAGGAAGAACUGUGAUAAAAUUAAGAUAUCUGUAGAUAAACUAAACCUUGUCGAGAACGACUGCAGGCAUAAAAGUAAGGCUGUUACUGACUGGAUAACACUGAAUAUCGGUGGGAAACACUUCACCACGACUCGUUCAACACUUGUGGCGAAGGAACCUUUAUCCAUGUUAGCGAGAAUGUUUGCUGACGAUAAUAAUACAUACCUAAUGAAUCCCAGUGCUACAGAUGCAACUGGAGCAUACUUAAUUGACAGAAGCCCUGAAUAUUUCGAGCCUAUUCUCAACUAUUUAAGACAUGGUACUGUUAUAUUGGAUAAAAAUGUCAAUCCAAAGGGGGUUUUGGAAGAAGCAGUUUUCUAUGGCAUUGACUCCAUGAUCCCACAAUUAAACCAUCUCCUGGGAGAAGCUACGAGCUGUUUGAGUAACAAUCAAGCCUUAACUCGUAUGGAUGUUGUUCGCUCUAUAAUAAUUACACCUACCCAGUCAGAACUAAGGUUCCAAGGAGUAAAUUUAGCUGGGGCUGAUCUCAAUAGAUUGGAUUUGAGAUUUAUUAAUUUUAAGUAUGCUUGCCUGUCCCGAUGUAACCUCAGUGGAGCAAACCUGUCACACUGCUGUUUGGAAAGAGCUGAUUUAUCUCAUGCCAAUCUUGAGGGGGCACAGUUGCUUGGAGUUAAAGCACUGUGUGCCAACAUGGAAGGUGCAAAUUUGAAAGGUUGCAAUAUGGAGGAUCCAGUAGGAACCAUAGUUGUAAUGGAAGGUGUGAAUCUAAAAGGUGCAAAUUUGGAAGGUAGCAACAUGGGUGGAGUGAACUUGAGAGUUGCCACCCUGAAAAAUGCCAAUCUUCAAAACUGCGAUCUCAGAGCUGCCGUACUCGCGGGGGCUGAUUUAGAGUGUUGUGAUCUCUCGGGCAGUGACUUACACGAAGCUAAUUUACGCGGUGCAAACCUAAAAGACGCUGCAUUCGAAUUGAUGCUGACUCCACUUCACAUGUCUCAGACUAUAAGAUAAUUAAUAUUAAAAAUAUACGAAUAACAAACUUA